AUGUUCAGGUGGAAUACUACAGCAGAAUUUCAAACAUCACAACCACUUCCAGUAGUCAAGGUGAAAGUUUUCAAAGAAUGCUCAGGACCGCUGACACUUGAUGAUAAAGAACUAGGAAGAGUAACUAUCAAUAUAACUUGGUCAAGCCCACGAAAUCCCCUCUGGUAUAAACUACAGACAACAAAACACUGUCAUGAUCCAUUGGAAUUACAAAUUUCCUUGUCUAUGCAACGUCCAACUAAUUGUAAAUAUGGUAAUUAUUGUUGGAUACAAGGGAGAACAACAUUUAAAAAAUGGAAACGACGUUAUAUAUGUAUUAUACAAAUAUCUCAGUACACGUCAAUGCUGGCAGCUUAUGCUGAACAGAAAACUCAACCAUCUGAGUCGAUUAUCCUGGAUGGAUUCACUGUAGACUAUUGUGAACCAAGAGCAGAUUUAAUAAGUCUGGCUACAUUUGGUCGAAAUGGUAAACCGGAUCAUCAUGCAUCAACAUCCUCGUUAACGUCAUUAUCACGACUUCGAUUUAGUACACUGGCACGCAUGGGCAGUCAGAGAAAUGUGGGCAGUGGUCCACUCGGUGGUCUAGAAUGUGAUUAUACGCCAAGAUUUUUCUUUAAACUUGUUCGAGAAGGUGAUACACUGAUUGUAGCAUCAUCUACUGAAAUCGACCGACAGAAUUGGAUACAAGCACUGUAUAGGGCUACUGGUCAAACGCAUAAACCUACGGCGCCAGGAGCGGCUAGUAGUACAGCGCUAACAAAUGAUCAAGGCAAGGGUACUGCUGAAGUAGAAACUAGUCAAAUGAAAAAGAUUGAAGAAUAUGCUUCAACACCAGUUCAUACACUUGAUCAUUUGGAAUAUUUUGCUCUUCUACAAUCUUUAAGCUUAGACUAUCGUUUAACGGAUCCAUUUGUCUCACUUGGUUGUCUAAGUCCAAUACAACGUCAUCUGUUAGAUGAAUAUUGUACACGUUAUGGGAUACGUGAAUGUCAACGUCAUUUAGCCAUGUUAAUUAAUCUGCUGAAUAAAAUAGAAAAUGGUAUGAGUAUAGAUCCUGAUCUAAUUCAUAUCAGUUAUGCCUUGUGUGCUAAUCAUGUCAGUGGGAAAGCUCAACACGAUCAAGCUGUACAUACAGUACUGGCAGUGGAACGUGAUCAAUUCCAGGUUAUUAAGGCUAGAUUAACAACACUGUUGGAGAAACAGAUUACUGAAUUCCGCUAUUGUUUUCCAUUUGGACGUCCAGAGGGAGCUUUGGAGAAGACAAUAAGUUUAUUAGAACGAGUGUUGACCAAAGAAACCGGUGAACCUGUGCCAACUGAAGUUAUUCGAAAUGCAAUUCGUAAUUGUUUAAGAAAUGCAGCAGUUUUAAACUAUGAACGAAUAUCGGAAUAUGUUAUGAUUGAAGUUGUUACCGGUCCACGUAUUAAAGGUGGCAAAAAAGAAAAUAAGAAAAUCUGUGAAAUGUUCCAUCUAGCUGAACUUUGUAUUGAAGUUUUAAAACAGAAUGAACAACAUCAUGCUGAGUCAUUUGCAUGGUUCAAUGAUCUUUUCAUUGAACAUACAGAAAAUUUUUGGUAUCUUUUUCAAAUGGAUCUAUUUGAACUAUUGGAUAGACUACCAGAAGAUUGUUGGGAAGUAUUUGAUUUAUUUCAGUUGCUUAAUAAUUAUCUUUUAAGUAAUGCUAAUUUAUCUAAUGGUCGAUUUCAUCAAGAGUUAGCCAAUCGUUUUACACCUUUAGUAGACCGUUAUAUUGGAUUAAUGUCUGACUCUGUUGAGCAUGCAUUAAUAGAUGGAUUUAAAAAUGAACGAUGGACUCCUGCCACAAAAUUAAACAGAAAUGAAGGUACAAAAGAAUUCCUACAUGACAAUAUCUCACAACUAAAAAUUACACCUGAUACGUCAACACGUAUUCGCCAUUCAUUAGCUUCAUUCAAUAAAGGUGAUAUUGGAAAUAUCAAUGAAACACGAUCGUUAAAUAUACCAGUAGUAGUUCAUGCUCCUCAGCAUCCUCCUCCACCUCCUCCAGCUCCGCCUACAAAAUUGUCAACAGCAUCAGCAGCAUCAGCAACAACAACAACAGCAAUCACAGAACUUUUCCAAUAUUCCUCUGGAAAUUUUAAUAUAACCAGUUGUCAAACAUGUCAAACUGUUAUUGACUUGCUGUGGAGAUUAUAUAAGCUAAAAAGAUUUGUACAAGAAUUGAAUUGGCCACAGGCAAAUAUAGCGGAUGCACUUGAUGAAAGAGUACGUGUCCUGUGUGCACAAAUGCUUAGAGAAGCUGUAAAACGUACACUGAUUGAACUAGAAUCAAUGGUACGAAAAUGUUCUAAAACUGUAGAUUUAAUCCUCCCGUUAGAAUGUUAUACAAUGCUGAAUACAAUCAGUGAAUUAAGAGCUCAUCUUUUCAUAUUAUGUCAGCCAGUAAAACAAGGAAGUUUAUCAAAUAACACUACUACUACUAAUAAUAAUAACAGCAAUAUUAAUAACAAUGACAGCAGUGGAUGGUCGUAUCGUUCACCAAUUAGAAAUGCCAACCAAUUACAUAUGGAAACACAAGAAUUCUUUGAAAGUGUACAAAGAAAUAUGAUGGUUAUCAUUAUCGAUCAAUUUAUGACUGUUUUAAACGGUGUACUGAAGAAGUUAACGAGAUUCGAUGAAAAUAAACUAUUGUCUUCAAUACUUGUCCUAACUAAACCUACCGAUGAAGAAGGUCAAGCCUAUGGAACUUUUCUUCAUGUAAAUUUACAGAAUUUAAGUGAAAAUCUAAUCGAUGAAGUUUCUAUGCUAUCGAUGCUGGAAACAUGGUAUACACGUCAAAUGAAGGCUGUCUACGAUUGGCUUAUCCAGCGUAAAAGUAUCCUACUUCAUCCGCAUCAGAUUAAAUUUCUAUCAGUUAUUGUUAAAAAAAUAUUUAGUGCCUUCGAAUUACAAGGCUUAUCGAAAAAUGUUCUCAACACUAUUGUAUAUCAAACAGUAAUUCAAAGAAUUCAGGUUGAAGAGACAACACAAUGUGUUAAAAAAGAAGCCAGUUCCAGUGGUAGUUCAUCCAAUUCAAGUCGGAAUAAAAUAUUAACUAAUCUUGGUGAAGGAUUAACAGCAUUCACUGGUAGUCCUAUAUUCCAUAGAUCUUAA